UCGGACCGGACCGGACCGGACCGGACCGGUGGCUGGACGAUGGAGCUGCAGGCGGAACCAGCUGCGAGGAUGGAGGGACGGUUGCCCGGCAACGCCUCAAACAGCAGCAACAACGCGCGGAUCUGUCCCCAUGACGACGACAAAUUCAAAUACAACGCCUACAUCUACACCUACUUCCUGGUGUUCCCCGUGGCGUUCCUCUGCAACAUCAUAGCGCUGGUGGUCUUCUUCAAGCAGAAGAAAUGCAGGAACAAACCCGUCUCUGUGAUCAUGGUGAACCUCGCCCUGUCUGACGGCAGCUUCUCCCUCACCCUGCCUCUGCGACUGGCGUACUACAUGAACAAUGGCCACUGGACCUUUCCUGACUGGGUCUGCAGACUCUGUGUCUACGGCUUCUACGUCAAUCUCUACUCCAGCAUCCUGUUCCUCACGCUCCUCAGCCUCCACCGCUGGUUGGCCGUCGUCUAUCCAAUACGCUAUCAGUACAUGAGAAACUUCAGGUCAACCUUGCUGAUGUGUCUGGGAAUCUGGCUGUUUGUGGCCGUGUCCUCUGUGCCCUUCCUUGGCAGCGGCGUUAAAGAAAGAGGUGGAAUACCCUGCUUUGAGCCGGCGACUCCACAGUCUUGGUCCCGCAUUCUCAGCCUGAACUACGUGGCGUUGAUUUUUGGAUUUGUGCUGCCGUUCUUCACCAUCAUCCUGUGUUGCACCAAGAUCAUCCACAGUCUGACACACCCAGAAUAUUUUCAGGACUUGAAAACACGCAUGAAGUUAAGGAAGAAAAACAAGCGCUCAGUGCGCCUGCUCGUCACGGUGAUAGCAACCUUCCUGCUCUGCUUCCUGCCCUACCACGUGAUCCGGACCCUGCACCUUCACGCCGUGAACGCCCACUGGAACUGCAGCAUCACCAACCUGCUGCAGAGAGCCGUGGCGAUUACGCUGUGCAUGGCGGCGUCCAACAGCGUGGUCAACCCGCUGCUGUACUACUACUCCACCAAGAAAUUCAAGGAAGACGUUGAGCUCACGCGGUCACGUUGGAGUCAACGGAUGUCUUUUAGAAAUAGCUCUGUAAGAUCCACUGGAAGGAACGGGUCGUCAAAAGUUAAAACCCGACCGGAUCCGUCCAUAAACCCAGAGGAUGUGGAGCGGAGUCAUUUCAGAAUUCCUGCUACAGACCAGAGGAUUCAAAUGACUGAGAAACCUUUGGAUGAAAUGUGCUCAGUAUCCGUCCAAAAUUAGAAACCUUUCAGGAGAAACUGCUGCAGAUGAUGCCUUUGGGUCACAGCAACACAGAUUUAUCAUUUUCCAUUUUCUUUGGUUUGAUGAAGGUUAGCUUUGUCAGUAGAACUGGUUUUGUAAUCUUGGGUUUAACUUGAGAUCAGAUUAUAUUCCAGAGGAAGAAGGAAGGAGUUCUGUUCUCCUCUGAAGGACUCACAUGUUCUCCUCAUGGUUUUCCUCCACAUGGUGGCUGAUCAGGUAAAAACAGUAAGACAGGAUCCUCUCCAGGUCAACAGCGCCCUCUUCAGGCUGCUCCCUGACUGGACACUGAACAGGAAACCUUAUUUCCAGGGUCUCAUAGUUUCCGUUGAGCUGAAGCAGCAGUGAUCUCUGGUCCAUGCAGAAACCAGUUUAUAGGGAGAUAAUCCAGUUUCCUCCUGCUGAUUUUUAAACGCUGUUUAUCGUCUGACCAUGAAGUCGUCAGAAUGAAGCACUGAAACACUUUGGGUGGGAUCUGAACAUGAGGUUCACGUUCUGCUGAUCCUCUUUAUUUAACUGUCUAUUAUUUUACAUGUUGGGAAACAGUACAGCCAUGUAAACAGGAAAAUGAAGGCCCAGCUGGGAGUGUCGUCCCUUCUGCUCAAUGUUGAUUUUUAUAUAAACUUCUACAAACUGUCACUGUGUUUAUGUCCUGCUGUUUAAUGUUCAUUCAAUGUUUAAUUAUAAUGUGACUCAGAGGAUGUUGUUUAAAACACCAAGUGAGGAAUUUGUUUCAUAUUUUAAUGGUUUACAUUCAAAUGGAGUCUAUUUACAAUCCAGACAUUAAAUCACACGUUUCCUGUUUAUCUCAA